AUGGACAGCUCCCAGGCGCCCUUGAUCUCCAACAGUCGCCACGACGAUGACGCGCCGUACGAUGGCGCCCUUGACGACGGGUCAGCGUCCAGGGAUGCUGUGGGAAAGGCGAGCAGCGAGCAGCCCGGCCUGUUUGUCUUGAUCUUGACGUUUGCUGCUGGAAUCAGCGGCCUCUUGUUUGGAUACGACACCGGAGUCAUUUCUGCCACGCUCGUCUCGAUCGGAAAGGCACUGUCGGACCGAGACCUCACGUCGAUGGACAAGUCCAUCAUCACAUCCUCGACCUCCCUGUUCGCGCUCCUCAUCUCGCCGUUCUCGUCUCACAUCGCCGACCGCCUGGGCCGCAAGCGAGUCAUCCUCUACGCCGACGUGCUCUUCAUUGUCGGCGCAGCCCUGCAGGCCGUCAGCUCUACGGUGCCGCUGAUGGUGGCCGGCCGCUGCAUCAUCGGCGCGGCAGUGGGCGCGGCGAGCUUCGUCGUGCCGCUGUACAUUGCCGAGGUUGCGCCCUCGUCGUACAGAGGCCGUCUCGUGACCAUCAACGUGCUCUUCAUCACGCUCGGGCAGAUGGCGGCCUACAUCGUUGGCUGGGCGCUGUCGACGUAUGCGUCCAGGGAGACUGGCUGGCGGUGGAUGGUGGGACUGGGCGCGCUGCCGGCAGGCUUGCAGGGCGCUCUUGUUGCGCUGAUGCCGGAGACGCCGCGAUGGCUGGUCAAGGCGGGGCGGCCUGACGAGGCCAGGCGUGUCGUCCAAAAGGUCAAUGGUGUGCAGGGGCGGUUUGACGGGACUGCGGACGCCAUCAUCAAGGAGAUUGAGAUGGAGGUUCGCGAAGAGGAGGAGCUGCGACGGCUUCAGGCCCGCCAUGCGUCGGGCCCGUGGCACGAGCUGUUGAGCGUGGGGAAGCACCGCCGUGCACUGGCUAUCGCCUGCCUUUUGCAAGGACUGCAGCAAUUAUGUGGUUUUAACUCUCUGAUGUACUUUUCAGCCACCAUCUUCUCCAUCAUGGGCUUCGAAAGCCCUACACUGACGUCUCUCAUCGUCGCCAUCACCAACUUUGUCUUUACGCUGGUUGCCCUGGUCCUCAUUGACCGCAUCGGCCGCCGCCGGAUUCUACUGUAUUCGAUACCGUUCAUGGCGCUGGGGCUGCUCUUGGCCGCAGCAGGCUUCUCCCACCUAUCUCUGGAGCCAUCACCAGCCGCCCAGGACGACGACGACAACGCCGCCGCCACCGCUACGACAUCAACAUCAACCACCGAAGGCGAGCGCGAGACCAGGCCGGCCGUCGUCGUCCUCGUCAGCAUCAUGCUCUACGUGGCGUCCUACGCCCUCGGCCUAGGCAACGUCCCGUGGAUGCAGAGCGAGCUGUUCCCCCUGUCCGUCCGCUCGGCGGGCAGCGGCGUCGCGACGGCGACCAACUGGGCGGCCAACUUUGCCGUUGGCCUGACGUUUCUUCCCCUGAUGGACGCGCUGAGUCCGUCGUGGACGUUUGUGCUGUAUGCCAUUGUCUGUGCCGUGGGAUACGGGCUUGUCUGGCGGAUAUAUCCCGAGACGGCUGGGCUGAGUCUGGAGGAGGCUACGGCGUUGCUGGACAAUGGAUGGGGCGUGCGAUGA